AUGCAUGGAAUGCACAGCUACCGCUCGGCAAUCUGUGGCUCUCUACGUCUCCGGCUCCAACCUCGACUGCUCGUACAGCAGCCCCUUGCGCAGGCUCUCGAUAGGCUAGCAUCGUCUGCUCCCCCGCAAUCGCCUUCAUCUGCUACUAGCAAGCGCUUCCUCCACAACCAAUUUCGUGCUGUCCCCACUGCUGCUUUUCGCUCGCUCGCUCAACCGAGGCAGGCGUCAUAUCUCUGGACCGUUGCCCUGGCGGCUUUUGUCCUUGGCAGCGCAACCGCAGCUCAAUUAAUACUCGCCAACAAUCCGGACGACCUGUCCACCGUUCCUCUCUCUGAUUCCAACCAGACUCCCGAUCACAACUAUCUCGGUCCUAUCAACACCCUCAAGAUGUCGUCGAGCCAGGUCGAAACCGGCCAUGUCGGGAACCUCACCGCCGAGCAGGAGGCCAAGCUACGCGAGAUGUGGACUGUCCUCUUCAGACUGACCGGCGUCAAAUUCGAAGCCGGGGAGGUCCAACGGGCUGCCUCCGUGGCCAGCACCACCACUCCGGAAGGCUCGGCCGAUACCAAGAAAAAGGGACGACGAAGUCUCUUCGGUUGGGGCGCUGCGAAGAAAGAAGAGCCCCCCGCGGUCGAAAGCACAACGGCUAGUCUCGGAAACGUCACCUUGUCCGAUGCAGACGACAAGUACGGUCAGAACAAGGAAUUCAAACAGGCCCUCGCCGACCUGCCGCCCGAGCAGCUGCGAGACGCCUUCUGGAACAUGCUCAAGUCCGACCACCCAGACGCUCUCCUACUGCGCUUCCUGCGCGCCCGGAAAUGGGAUGUCAACAAGGCCAUCGUGAUGCUGGUCUCUACCCUGCGCUGGCGUCUCACUGAGAUGCAUGUCGACGAUGACAUCAUGCUCCGAGGCGAGGCCGGUGCCAUUGCUCAGGCCGAGGGCUCUAAUGCUGCUGAGAAAAGAGUUGGAGAAGACUUUAUGGCCCAGAUGCGCAUGGGCAAGAGUUUUAUCCACGGCGUUGACAAGCAAGGCCGCCCCAUGUGUCUUAUUCGCGUGCGCAUGCACAAGAUUGGCGCCCAUGUCGGAGAGAGUGUGGAACGGCUCACUGUGCAUAUGAUUGAAACCGCCAGGCUCAUGCUUCCUCGCCCGGUCGAGACGGCCGUGAUUAUUUUUGACAUGACUGGCUUUACCUUAUCCAAUAUGGACUACACACCCGUCAAAUUCAUCAUCAAAUGCUUCGAGGCCAACUACCCUGAGUCUCUCGGUGCCGUCCUCAUCCACCAAGCCCCAUGGGUUUUCUUCGGUAUUUGGAAGGUCAUCAAGGGCUGGCUCGACCCUGUCGUCGCAGCCAAGGUCCACUUCACCAACACGGUCGAGGACCUAGAAGUCUUUAUCGACCGUAAACGGAUCAUCAAGGAGCUCGGUGGUGAUGAAGACUUUGACUACGAAUACAUUGAGCAACAAACUGGCGAAAACGAUGCAAUCAAAGACACAGCCAAGCGCGACGAACUCCUGGCCAGGAACAAGACCAUCGCCGAAGAACUGCAGGAAGCAACCAAGUCCUGGAUUGAGGCUGCCAACAAGGGCGACAAAGCAGGCGCCGAAUCGUGGAAGCCAAAACGAGAGGAGAUUGUUGAACGCCUCAACAAGGGGUACUGGGACCUUGAUCCUUAUGUCCGCGCCCGCUCGUUCUACGACCGAUCUAGUGUGAUCCAGGGUGGGGGCAUUGUGGACUUUUACCCUGAGCAAUCCGGCCAGAAACAAGUCAACGGAACUUCUACAGAGGACAAGGAGAAAGCGCCCGUUGUGAAUGGCAAUGGAACAGCUGAAGUUGAAAAGACCGACAGUGCAGCGGUACCAGCGGAGACACCGGCUGUUGCAGUGAAUUAA